ACCAAAAAGAAAGCAAAAACCAAAAUCUCAGUCCUUCCUCCUCAAAAUGGAAUUAGAACUGCAACAUGCAUCAAGUUUCAGGAGCAAUCGUUCGGAUACAGAAAGGUCUCUGCCAGCUGAAGGGAGGGUGGACGAUGAAGUCGAGUUACAGUGGGCCGCGAUCGAGCGGCUGCCCACUUUCCGCAGGCUCCGGACGUCCCUGUUCGAUGAUGGGAAGGUGUCAGGCAGCCAGAACAAUCCGGAUGUGGCAGGGAAGAGGGUUAUGGAUGUCACGAAGCUCGGGGGCAUUGAGCGGCAUAUGUUCGUCGAGAACCUGUUGAAGAGGGUCGAGGAUGACAACCUCAGGCUCCUCCAGAAGCUCAAGGAGAGAAUCGACAGGCAAGAGAAACUGAUGACCUUCAACAUUAUAGCUUGCCAAAUAAAAACUUAAAUUUGCAUGAACAUGUGCUUCGUGACUAUAUCCUUUUACGAGAAUCAACAUGCAAGAGAAUCGACUUCUACCUUU